UUGUUAUUGAGAAAAAUUAAAUAAAUCAUUUCCAGUUACAAAGUGAUUCAGAGAAAAAGCAUAACAUUUUCAAAAUUGAACAUUUUUCAGAAUGAAAUCAUUGAUUUUAAAUCGAACACUUACUAUUGCUUAUACGAAUACAUUACCAUAUUCGAAAAUUGAUAAUAAUCAUCAAGCUGGUAUUGAAUAUGAAUUAUUAAAAACAUUGUCGGAAAUAUUUCAAUUUAAGAUGAUAUUCAUUGAUUGUAAAGAUGAUUAUGGCAUCAGACAACCGAAUGGAAAUUGGACAGGUAUAAUGGGCAAAAUAUUCAAUAAUGAAGCUAAUAUCGGUAUCGGUGGUAUUGUCGUUACAUUUAAUAGAAUAUCAGCAAUAAAAUUUCUUUAUCCACAUUGGCUAGAUAGUCUUACAUUCGGUACGACUAUUCCACAUAAUCAUGUUCCAUUAGAUAUAUAUUUUCAGCCAUUCACACCAAUAGUUUGGCUUUGUCUUUUCAUAUCGUUAAUAUUGUUUCCAGUUUUGAAUUUAUAUCAUCAAUAUGAACAAAAUAAUAAUUAUGCUUUUAAUCUUUUAUGGAUCAAUCUAUCAUUAUUGUUACGACAACCAUAUUAUUCACGUAUACGAUUGACUUUAUCACAAAAAAUGACCAUAAUUACAUGGAUGUUAUCAUUGAUCAUUUUGACAAAUAUUUAUUCAUCAUAUUUAUGUGCAAGAUUCGCUAUAAAAAAUUAUAAUGUUAUUGAUACAUGCGAUAAAUUAGCUGAUGCAUGUGAUAAUAAUGAAAUUAUUCCAUUGUUAGAAGAAAAAACUGUUGUAUUUUCACUAUUCAAAACGGAUUCAUCGAUUCGAACAAUUAGAUCUGUAGCACAUAAAUUACGCGGAAUUUCCCAUCGAUCCGAAGGUGAACAAUUGAUUACUGUUCAAACACAUAAAGAACAAUAUGCUCUAGUAUCAUCUUUUGAACGAAUUCAAACAAGUCAAUUACUAUUUGGAUCAGAAUCAUUUUACCUACCGCCUGCAAGCAGUGAAAGUUCAUUUUUUCCAUUACUUGUUGGUUUCCCCAUACAAUUACCCGACGAUUUAAUUCAACCAUUUGAAAUAUGGAUAAUGAGAAUUACAUCAUCCGGUUUGAUGGAAUGUUGGAAAAAUCGAAUAACAAUGACCAUACGAGAAUCAUUUAUCGAGAGAAGAAAUACUAAACAAUUUGAUUCUUCAAUGAAAACGAAUAUUGAUGAAGGUUUUAAUCUAUCACAUUUUGAUCGUCUUGCAAAUAUAUUUUUGUCAUUCAUACUGAUAUCC